AUGGAUAAACUUGAAGGAAACAUUUGCCUGAAAGCUUUGAAUGAACAUAUUACCUGUCAUAUUUGCAAAGGUUAUCUAAUCGAUGCUACAACAAUAACUGAAUGUCUUCACACCUUUUGUAAAACUUGUAUCGUUAAAUGGCUUAAAGAACAUCAAGUUUGUCCAAUUUGUGAGGCUCAAAUUCAGAAAAACAUCCGAUCCGAUCCAAGUCUCCAGGAUAUUGUUUAUAAAAUUGUUCCCGGACUAUUUACUGAUGAGAUGAGACGACGGCGAGAAUUUUAUAAAACGGUUACAGCAACAACGGCAAAUUCAGAAAGUUUGGUUAAUCUAACCAAUGAAGAAAAAGGUGAAAUGAGAGGUGAACGUCUCAUCUUCAGUCCAGAUGAUAUUUUCUACCUUUCCAUUGAAUAUCAGCCAGAGAAAACUUCUUAUUCUUAUAUUCCACUUAUCCGUUCAACUACAAUGGUUGGUACAAAUGGAUUCCCGGUUAAUAACAAUGGUAGUGAAGUUAAACAUAAUCAACGAAGAUAUUUCCGAUGUAAGGGAAGUAUGGAGGUUCGACAUUUGAAAAAACUUCUACAAAUGAAAUAUGAAUUAAAAGAAAAUAACAACAUUGAUUUACUCUAUAAACAUGAUCGUCUUGAAGAUGAUUACACUAUGGUUGAUUUAGCUUACAUCUAUUCCUGGAGGAGAAGUGGACCACUAAGUCUUUACUAUAAGAUCUCAGAAACAUGAAGAAAACAGUGGAAAUAUUGAAGAAAUCUAGAAAAAAAAUAAUAAUAAAGAGAAUAGAACAAAAAUUAGGUCAACAAUUAAAUUAAAUCAAAUUACCUUUUAUAUUUUAACAAGACCAACAAAUCAAUUGGUCAUCACACACACACAAAGUGAUAAACAAUUUAACCAUUUAAAGAUAUAUUCAUUUACCUUUACAAUCUAAUUUAAUAUGUAAUUGAAAGAAUUAACAAUUAAUGUAAUUUAUUUUUAAUCUAAAUUAAAACUACAAUUAAAAAGAAA